CAUUACCAACUCCCUAGUUACUGGGCUGGUCUCCACUUUCUCUUGCUGUGCCUCCAUCUACAACGGAUGUUGGAUGUUGGAUGUACACAACCACCACCCCAUGGCCAUCAUGUCUCCCUUAUCCCGACUCUCCGCAACUAACAUCAUCCGUCCAUUAUCAGCAGGUUCUUCCCUUCUGAUGACGAUCACUCCUCCAGUUGACCAUCGUGCUGCUCUUCUCCAUUGCAAUACUUUGCGUUAGUGAUGAUUAUAUGAUAUAUUUCUUAUGGGUCCUGUUUUCCUCGGUGGCCGCCUUCCUUCCACUCCUCCUCAUCCUGCAUUGCUAUCCAUUUCUCUUCUCUCACUCUUGCUCCCAUACCUCUCCCUCUGAACCUUGCUUCCUAAACCUCUUUCUUCUCCAUUCUCUUUCCCCUUCCCCGACGCCUACCUCGACUGGCACUCAGGGAGUUCGUUGUUGAAUUUUCCCCGUAUGCGUCUCCACCUUCUUUCAUAUCACCCUUAUUACCGAAACGGUGGCUGGAUUCCAUACGCUUGGCUGUGAAAACCGGCGCAACUGGGUUAUUUUCUGCCAGUUUGGUACCUAUGUGGAAAAAAACCGUUUGAAGGAAGUUGCGUGCCUUGGGGGAUAAUCUUACGCUCGACUCUCUAUUUUGUCUAGCGAACCAGAGAAAAUCCGCUUUGCGUCACUGAAUUUCGUCUGAAACGCAGAGAUGCCUACUCCUUGUUCCUAGCCCUACCAGCUGGUGGAUGAAACACAAAAGUUAAUGCAAGAGGAUUAUCAUCUAUGGCCCUCUGCUACUUGCCGUGUGUUGGGGAUGCGCGCGUUUUGUUAAGGUCUGUUGCGAAUCCUUCGUCGAUUAGUGGGUACAAGGAUAACUAUUCAGCUGCUUCCUUUCAUACCGCUUCUUCAUGGUCAAUCGAUCCUAAGAGAUAUCGUUCUCGACGUCAUCGUCGAAAAUCUUCAUUGUCUUUCAAAUUAUAUCUUAAGCAUUCUUCCAAGACUUUCCAAAACCCGUGGAUACUUAUAACAGCAACAAGCGUUGCCCAAAGUAGGCGGCCUUUAGUCAUAUCAGAGGAUUUAGCUUCAGACCAGCUUCUUGCUUUUAGCUACGGAUCACCAGUAUUGAGCAGCGAGGAUCAAGAUGGUGAUGGGAGAAGAGCACAGAGCACCAGCUGUACUAUUGAUUCUCAAGAACAAUUGCGUCGAGAUAGAAUAUCAAGUGCUAAUAAAGGGAAAGUACCUUGGAAUAAGGGAAAACGUCAUUCACCAGAAACUAUCAAGAAAAUAAAAGAGCGUACAAAAGUGGCUAUGCUCAAUCCAGAAGUUCGGGAUAAGCUUCGUCAUUGUGGGAAGAAUCAGAGCACGGAAACAAAGGCAAAGAUUCGAGAAAGCUUGAUUGGAUACUGGAAUAGGAGGCGGAUUCUCAAUGAAGCGCAAGCUUUGUGUCUCAGAGAAUGGAAAAAGGUGAUAGCUGAGGCUGCAAGGGUUGGAGACUUCAGAGAGGAAGAGUACGAGUGGGACUCUUACUCGAAAGUUAAAGAACAAUAUAGGCUGGAAGAGAUUCAAGCAGAAAAGCAGGUAAGAGAGGCACGGAGAGCACGUCAGAGGGGGGAACGAAAAAAAAAGCCUGUUUCUGAUGCGCAUCGAAAGGCCAUCUCUGAUGCCAUAAGAGCCAAGUGGGCAGACCCGGAAUAUCAAGCAAAGGUGUUCGCUGGUAUGGCUAAAAGUGAUGCGAGUAAAAGGCGGAAACAUCCCUCUUCUUUGGCAGAAUCUAUUUUGGACAUUUCUAACGUCAAAGUAACUCUUGCGAAGGAAGAAAAUACUGUAGCUUCUGUUGAAGAAAUUUUGGUAGAGAAGAAAAGAUUACUACAACCUACAGAUGUGGAUGAAGAUUUUAUUGCUCAAGUUCUAGCUGAGGAAGUUACACUAAAAACAAAAUGUGACCGAUCUAUUGCCGCUCGAAAGAAAGGGCCAACAAAAGUUACCCUGGUUAGUAGGGGAGAACACAGUUUAUCAUCAAGAAAUGACAACAAGGCGGCUAGUAUGAAUGAUAAAAGAGUAAAACAAGAAGUGGAUGUAUCAACGGAUAGACCUGUAUCAGAGAUUGAUGUCAAAACUUCAACUACGGGACGAGGAGAUGUUCAGCUUAGUAAUAAAUUGUCUGCACAGUCAUAUAAAGACCCUCUUGUACUUGAGAAGAUACAGAGGAUCCAACAGCUGCGAGAGGGUCGGCUUGAGAUUGAACUGAAGCGAAAGGAAGCUGCAGACCGAGCACGUAUGCUGAUAGCAAAUGCUGAGAAAGCAGCAAUUGCAUUAGAAAAUUCCGGGAACGCUGAUCCUGCUACGUUGGCAACGUUGAGGGAGACCCGACGUCUCCUUGCCGAAGCAACACGAUCUGUCCAAGCUGCAGAAUUGAAACCAGGAAGUGCGUUGGACAAUUUGACACCACCAAGAAGUCUAAAGCCUAAGGAGAAUGAGAAGCCUGUUCGUGGUGGUUUUCACAGUCGGCUGUGGACUGAGGGAGAUAACAUAGAGGAUUGUCCUCACCCCAUUCCUAUCCAUAGUAACAUAUUCGGUGGCAAUUUGAAGCGAUCUGAUUUUAAGGAAGUAGAGUCAAAAGUGGGCCUAUCGAGUGGUUUCGAAGAUCAUACUGAACAAGCUGUUAGUGAAGAACCUCAAAAUUCCGCAGUAGAAGGGUCUUCAGGUGUGAAGAGUCUGAGUAAUGGUAUUAAGGAAAAGUUGCAGCGCAAUCGUUCAGUUCAGAGUACCGAAGAUGAAAGUACAUGAAGAUGAAAGCAUGUGGGGUUGUUCACUGUCUUAUUUGUUUAUUUAUCUACUUAUUUUUUCCAGAUGUAAUCACCUUUCGAUUGGAGAUCUAGGCUAUUGUCUUUCGAGAUAGCACAUUGCCAUCUGUAAAAAUGACUGUCUUGUGAUGAUGCAGCAGGCGAGGUUGACUCACGAAGUCACAUUUAUGCUAGAAUCUGGAGGUGAUGUUCACCAGAAAAAAGCCUCUGGUUUGUGCAAUUCCAGUUGGAAUACAUUAUAGAUAACUGCGACUUUUUUCGUUUUUAACGGUUUUGAGGAUUGGUAAGAUUUAGCUUAAAUCAAUUUUCAAGUGCAAAUCUCUGCAGCGGAGAUUAGCUAAUUGAGUAGGUUGGUGGUGAUACUUCGAAGCAACCAGCACUUGAGCUGGAUAUUCACGAACUUGUGUUGGGGAUGAGAAAAAUCUGCAUUCUGUUUU